AUGAAAGUCGUUCUUGUUACAGGAGCCUCAACCGGUCUUGGAAAAGCAAUUGCUGUUUAUUUUGCGUCAAAGGGAUUUGCUGUUUCAAUCACCGCUCGUUCAGGAGAUGCUCUUCAGAAAACAAAAGCUGAAUGUGUUGCGGCUGGAAUUAAAGAGAAUAAGAUUGUAAUCACUGUUGGAGAUCUGACCGAAUUGAGCACAGCUGAAGCUGUAGUGAAAAACACAAUUCAUCAACUCGGUUCAAUUGAUGUUUUGAUCAACAAUGCUGGUUAUCUUCAAUUCGGAGCUCUUUCCACGGCAACUGUUGAGGAUUUUGAUAAGCAAAUGAAUCUAAACGUUAGGAGUCUUCAUCAAAUCACUCGUCUUUCCAUUCCACAUCUCCUCCAAUCAAAGGGAAAUAUUGUUAACGUCAGCUCGAUUGGAUCGAUGACGCCGGUUCCGGGCUGUGCUUUCUAUUGUAUGUCAAAGGCGGCUCUUGACAUGUACACAAAGAGUUUAGCGCUUGAAUUGGCUCCACAAGGAGUUCGGGUUAAUAGUAUCAACCCUGGCUUGAUUAUGACCGAAUUCUCGGUGAAUGCCGGUUUAGCCACACAGGAAAACAAGGCUGAGAGAUACAAUCAACUUGGAUCCACGAAUCCACUUGGAAGAGCUGCAUCUCCGGAUGAGAUUGCAAGAACUGUUUAUUAUUUGGCAAGUAAGAACAGCUCAUUCACAACUGGAACGAUCAUGCAUGAAGGGCGUAAAGGUGAGGUCUACGAGUCGAUUCCUUAUGCUCGGCCACCGAUCGGCGAGCUUCGCUUUGAGUAUCCAAAAGAGCCCGAGAAUUGGAAAGGUAUCGUUGACACGAAUCGGCGAGUCGCAUGUCCACAAUACUUGAGCAAAGGAAUCAAUACAGCCGCUGAGAUUGAAUCAGAGGAUUGCCUUUAUCUGAAAAUUGUUAUUCCACUAGAUGAACAAGGAAAAAGAUACGAAGAAAAACUACCAAUCAUUUAUUGGAUUCAUGGAGGGUCGUACAUGGUUGGUGGGAAACAUCUCUUCCCAAAUACGGGGAUUCUGAAAAAUUUCUCGAUAAAGAAGAUCAUUUUCGCAUUUGUUGAUUAUCGAUUAGGAAUUGAAGGGUUUUUGACGAUGAGAGAACCGGGACUUCCUGGGAAUUAUGGUGUUGAGGAUGUGUUGUUAGGAUUGAAAUUUAUAAAGAAUAACGCUGAUCACUUUGGUGGUGAUCCGGAGAAGAUCAUUGUUUCUGGUGAGAGUGUCGGAGGAACAUUGGCUGGUCUCAUCGCUGUCACUCCGAAAGCUCGAGAUUUGAGCUCCGGUGUGAUGAUGUUCUCGGGCACACCACAAGCCACUUGGGCAGUUCGCAAUCAUUUUACGGAAAUCAAUUCAGCGAUUGUGAUCAACUAUUGCAAUUGCUCAAGAGGAUCUGCGGAAAAUGUGAAAAAUUGCAUGAAAACGAUUUCACUAGAGUGCUUUCAAAAAGGCGUUGACGAAAUCCAGGCUCAAGUGAGAAAGGAUGGAUUUUCUAGGAUGAGAUACGAGUUGAUCCGAAUGGGUUUCACUGUCACUACACCAAUUGUCGACGAUUUUCGAAAAAAUGACUCCAUCAUCCCGCUAAAACCGGAAGAAUUAGUGAGACAAAAUGCUCGAGUUAAAGCUUUGAUCAGCAAUGUUGCUCAUGAUCGAUCAUUUGCAACAAAUAUGAUAGCUAAAACGGGGAAUUCUCGAAUUGAUGUUUUGAUUGAUCAAAUGAUUCUAGAAGGAUCGGCUUCGGGUGGAGUGUUGAAAAAAGCGUUGAGAGAGAAAUAUGCUCCAGCCAGUCUCUACAAUAACACGGAAAAAUCAAGACGGCUAUGUCAACUAUUGAUUGACGAAAUGCUAGCUGACGCCCAUCACGAGGCGCUACUCUAUUCGGCAAAUGGAGUUCCCGUCUUUCCGAUUUUCAACGACAUCUUCGAUCAACCAACAGGUGGUGCUGAUAUGAGUCUUGCCUCUCAACACUGUAGAGAUUUGUCCCUUCUCUUUGAGGCACCCGGACUUGUUAGUCCAACACUUACACUAACUCCUAAUCAAAUGCUUUGGGCUGAGCCAUUCACUCAACGACUCGCACAAAUUAUCACCGAUUUUGUUUAUAAUGGAACGCUUGGCAAAACUUGUUUCUCAAAAAUCAAUCGAGUAAUGACAAGGGUUACGAAUGAAACGAUUAAGGAAACAGACUUCGCUGUCGAUGCAUACUAUUUUUGGAGAAGCCUUCUACCGACACUUCAAAGUUUAAACGUUUAUUUAUCUCGAGAAGUAAUCGUCCCGGAAUUUCUUUCCGCGAUUUCUCGCGAUUUCUCGAAUUGUGAUGAUUAUUGUAUUGAAUGUAAAGAAAUCUACAAGUUGCCUUUUUACGGAUCUCUGUUGUUAGCGAUUCUCUUUGGCACCGGUUUACUCGUAUUUUGUGUCCUCUAUUUCAACUCUUCAAGACACAUGCCAUUAUUAAUGUUGGAUGAGCAGCCAAUAAAA